GGGACGGGGUGUGACGUUGCAACAUGGCGGCGGCCGAGCAGCAUGGCAAGAGGAGUGCUCCGGAGAAUGAGAACGACGAGGAGGAGCUCUGGGUCGGGCCGCUCCCGGGUGAGGCCGCGCAGGCGAAGAAGAGGAGAGUUCUUGAAUUUGAACAUGUUUACCUUGAAAAUCUACCGUCUGCUUCAAUGUAUGAACGCAGUUACAUGCACAGAGAUGUCAUUACACACGUAGCAUGUACUAAGACAGAUUUUAUCAUAACAGCCAGUCAUGAUGGACAUGUAAAAUUCUGGAAAAAAAUAGAAGAAGGGAUUGAGUUUGUUAAACACUUCCGAAGCCACCUGGGUGUUAUUGAGAGCAUUGCUGUUAGUUCAGAGGGAGCAUUGUUCUGUUCAGUUGGAGAUGACAAAGCAAUGAAGGUGUUUGAUGUAGUCAACUUUGACAUGAUCAACAUGCUGAAACUUGGCUACCACCCUGGCCAAUGUGAAUGGAUAUAUUGCCCUGGAGAUGCCAUAUCUUCUGUUGCAACAUCCGAGAAGAGCACAGGAAAAAUAUUCAUAUAUGAUGGCCGAGGAAAUAACCAGCCACUUCAUGUUUUUGAUAAAGUCCAUAAUUCCUCACUUACUCAGAUACGGCUGAACCCUGUCUACAAAGUAGUUGUGUCUUCUGGCAAGUCUGGGAUGAUUGAGUACUGGACUGGUACACCUCACGAAUAUAAAUUCCCCAAGAAUGUGAACUGGGAGUAUAAAACAGAUACUGAUCUAUAUGAAUUUGCUAAAUGCAAGGCUUACCCAUCCAGUAUAAGUUUUUCAUCUGAUGGCAAGAAAAUGGCAACUCUUGGGUCUGACAGAAAAGUUAGAAUUUUUCGUUUUCUGACAGGGAAGCUCAUGAGAGUCUUUGACGAAUCUCUCAGUGUGAGUUUUGUCUUGUUUCUCUUUUCUUUGAGACAUUUUCUUUACUUAUUUGAAUUUAUUUGCCAGCAUAUUCACCUAAGUUAUCAUUUGUUUCUAAAGGCAAACUUCCUUCCUAUCUUUUUCUUGCAGAAAAGGCCUUCCAUGUUCUCUUCCUACUCUGGGUUUGAGAAGUUAUGGCCUUGUCACCAGACAAAUAUUUACUGUACCCUUUGUUUUCUGUUAUAUUAUUUUAGGUGCCCCAAAACAGUGGAAAACUUCUGUGUGCACAGCAGGAAUGGCUAUUACAAUGGACACGUAAUUCACCGUAUCAUCAAGGGUUUCAUGAUUCAGACUGGUGACCCAACUGGUACAGGACUGGGAGGUGAAAGUAUUUGGGGAGGAGAAUUUGAAGAUGAGUUUCAUUCAACUUUACGACAUGACAGACCAUACACACUCAGCAUGGCUAAUGCAGGACCAAAUACCAAUGGAUCCCAGUUUUUUAUAACAGUAGUGCCAACUCCAUGGCUAGACAACAAGCACAGUGUGUUUGGACGGGUGACCAAAGGAAUGGAAGUUGUUCAGAGAAUAUCAAAUGUAAAAGUCAAUCCAAAAACUGACAAGCCCUAUGAGAAUAUCAGCAUCAUUAAUAUCACAGUGAAGUAAGGCAGGUGUUGAAGGUUUCAUCUUAAGCAGAAAAAAAUGAAUGUAUGGGACCCAAAAAGGGACCUAGAAAGAACAAAAACCUUUUUAAUAAUUCCAAGGCGUAGUGAGUACCAGGACCGAGCAAUCACCAGUUCAACAAUUUUUAAUGUACCUAAAGUGCCCUAAUUCUGCAUUUCUGAUAACUUUGUAUUUUAAAGUAAAAACAUAUGCACGUUUCUUA